AACAGAGUCGCUGUGACCGAGCCGCAAUGAGGAGAUAAAUAGAACCCUUAUCUAUUUAUUUUGGAAAUAUUCGGCUUUAAUUGAUCCGCUGAGCGAAGCGGAGCGAAGCGGAGGUGAAGGCACCGAUGUUCUCCUGGUGUAACGGACUGAAUCAUGGAAGGCAACGAUGACGUGCGUCUUGAUGCAGCCGAGCCGCAGAAUGACACGUGCAGCGCUGAGGAGCGAGGAGGGGAGGUCGUCAGUAAAGUGGAAGACGGAGAAAGCCCCCUCAUCGCUGACCCGUGUGAGAGCAGCCCGACCAAAGCAGGGAUGUCUAACCACAUAGACGACCCUUCGCCGUCAGCGGUGGGUCCCGCCGCUGAGCCUCCUGGAGGCGUGGCCUUGAAGGUGGCCACCACUGUCCUCCACCCGGUGUGUCUGGGAGAGAGUCCGCUGAUGCUGCCCAUCCACCUCCAGAUGGCCGGAGCAGCGGCGCCUCCGCUGGGACAAAUAGGCGCAGCACCGUUCUUGAUAGCGAGCCAAAGCCCGGUUUCUCUCCCUCUGGUUCUGGACCAGCAGGUCCUACAGCACAUGAGUCCCUCUGUGAUCCCUCAGCCCCCCCCCUGUACGCAGUUACCCCUGCAGAACCUUUGUCAGAACCCUCUGACGUUUGCUUUACCUCCGGCUCUUGACCCGAAGGGGGCAGGACAAACGCAGGAAGAGAACCUGUUGUCUCUUCUGCAGAAUCCAGCUUUUGCAGCUAUUCUGCAGGAUCUCUUCCCUCCCCAGGCAGGAUCAUCCUCCUGUCAGUCCCCAGGCUCUGCCUUUUUCCCCCUCCCUCCUCUCACACCCCCCUACACCUCCCCUUUGGCUCCUCUAGUUCCUCCUGCCACGCUCUUAGUCCCCUAUCCUGUGAUCAUUCCCCUCCCAGUGCCUCUGCCCGUCCCCCUCCCCAUCCCCAUCCCGGUUGCUCCAAGUGAGGACUCAAAAGGGAGCCAGCCAAAACCAGUUUGCACUGUGAGUAAAAGCACUCAGACGUCACCCAGAGAUACUACCUCUCCCUCUUUGUCUUCAAGGAAGUGCGUUUCUCAUUCCCAGCCACCGAACGCGCCCCUGACCUCGCUGCCUUUAGAGGAGGGACAGGUUCUGGACCUCUCUGUCAAGGCGUGUCCGAUCGAACCGAAACAGGAAUACCCCAGUCCUCACCAGGAAAACGUUCUCGACCUGUCUGUGCCUGGCGUGAGGAAAACCUGUGUUCAGUCAGAAAGGAAAGUAUCCUUAGAGUCAGGCCAGGGUGCGCCCAGCGCUGCUUUGUCCCUGGGUGUCCAAUGCUCUCCAGCUUUAGAUUCCAAACUCCUGGGCAGCCUGACCUCGCUGGAGUUCAGCCGGCAACACAAGUGGCUGGUGGACACCGGCGUGGCUAGUUCCAGCUCUCUGGGCCAAGAGGCCUCUCUCAGCGGAGCCGGAAACCUGGAGAUAGUGAGCACGUCGCAGACGGCCAAGGUCAUCGUCUCAGUUAAAGAUGCCAUUCCCGCCAUCCUCUGUGGGAAAAUCAAAGGUCUAUCAGGAGUCUCAACCAAGAACUUCUCCAUCAAACGGGACGGCAGCCAGGCGGCCUCGCUGCAGCAGCUCUAUGGGAUGCCGUCAUCGUCUCACGGGGAGCAAGACCCCAACAACCCUCAUAAAAAGGUCACUAAAAACAGAGCCAUCAAGCUAAAGAAGGUCAGCUCCCAGGAGAUUCACUUCCUUCCAAUUAAGAAGCAGAGACUCGCAGCGUUGCUGCCCAGGAAGUGAGAGUGCUCACCAGAGGGGGGGGGGAUUAAUGGCUGUAUGGCUCUCUGAAAUCUCCCCAGAUAGUAUAAUAUGACCGUCCCAUGUGGGGCGUUCUGCACUGAGAAUCAAACAUUUUUCUGAGAGCAGCGCUGGCUCUGAGUGUGAAGAGGAAAGGUUGAUCUUUCUCUGAACUGCUGUGUUUUUUUUUAGCUAUCCGUGAGCCUUCGUCGUCAUAUUAAACAGAAACGUGUUGUCUAAGGCAGCUUCACUCACUGUUUUUGGCAUCUCAUUAAGCACGAGACAUCGAUUUAAUAUCAUGUCACAUAAACUCAAACAACCCCAUGUUUGACUUUAAGUUACAGCGAAGAUGCUGGGUUUCCACUCCUCCUUUCUUUCAACAAGUACAUUUUCAUAUAAGUGCACUGAAAACCUCAAUCUCUGUCUACUUUGGUGACGUGACCAAGACUGUUUAAACAUGUCACUGGAAAUUCCCACUGGCAUUGAAGCUCACUGGAGCCGGGAUUGGUUUGGGUUUAGCAUGACAGGCUAAUGAUGGUUUGGCAAAGACCGGAGUCAUAAAGUCGUCAAGCUAAUCUCGCCAACAGCUGACAUUUAAAAAAAGCUAAAAAAAAAAAAAAACACCUUUCUGUUUUAGUGCAAAAGCUUUAGUAAUUGUUUUCACAUUCAAACAGCUUCUCUUUUUACUGAUUUGCAUGUUUUCAAACACCUUAAAUUUUCCUUUUUUUCAGUUUAAAACCAUGAUUGAGCAACACAAAACGGAGCAAAGCUGUAAAGUGAAAGAAAAAUACGUUCAGUAGUUUUGGGAUUUAUGAUGAUUAAGAAUCUGAGAGGUGUGGCCUUCAGAAGUCUCAGCUUCCCUGACCGUGGGAGGGGGUUUACAGGGGAAUAUGUGUUAGUUUAACAACAGCGAGUUUCAAAUUAAAAGCUCAUUUUUAGACUCAUUUGACUG